AUGGCCAUGCUGCACCAACUCCUGCACCCAACACGUCAACUGCCGCGGGAGCACUGCCGGAACGCUGAACGACGCUGAAGCCACAGAAGUCGGAGCCGUUUGACUCAAGUCAUCGCGACACGAACGUGUGGACGUGGAUCUUCAUGCUCAACAACUACUUCAACGCGAGUGCGGUGCAAGAGGCGGACGCGCAGCAGCGAAUCGAAUACUCCGUGACGCUGCUGAGGGGCCCGGCCUUGGAGUGGCUAAGUUUAGCAGAUUUAGAAGAGAUGACGAAGCAGGUUAAGCAUUUCCUAGCGCUGGGUUUCAUUCAGCCAUCUAAAUCGCCCUGGGCAGCACCGAUCCUAUUCACACCUACUGUAAAAAAAGGAUGGGGGUUAAGGAUGUGCAUUGAUUACUAUGCUUUGAACGCUGCCACCGUCAAGAAUAGGUUCCCUUUGCAGAGGGUAGAGGAUCUUCUAAAUGUAGUGCAGGGCGCUAGAAUCUUCUCCAAGUUUGAUCUUCAUUCAGAAUAUCACCAGAUUCGAGUAGUUCCAGAGGAUCGGGAUAAGACAGCAUUUCGUACGAAGCAGGGGUUGUACGAGUUUAGGGUCUUGCCAUUCGGAUUGACCAACACCCUAGCAAUGUUCCAGAUGCGCAUGAAUAGUGUGCUAGCAGAGUUCAUCGGGUCCUUCGUUGUAGUCUACUUGAACGACAUCCUAGUCUACUCUAGGACGCCAGAGGAGCACGCACAGCACCUGCAGAAAAUC